AUGUUCAAGAAGAAGCCCAAUAUCAAACCGUCCGCGCCCCUGCGCUCCUCCGACCGCCGCAAGAUCGCAAACCAGCUCAUCCAAGAUUUCAACCUCACCUCCGACGGCGGUAGCGCUGAAGUCACCGCACUGCGCAAUCGCCUCCUUCCCGAGAACUGCCUGAGCGCGAAAUUCACGACUACGGCUGGCCCGGACCUGGCCACGGUCGCGGGAACGGUCUAUGUAGGCGUGCACCCGGAGGAUGGUGGGGGGAAGGGCGAGCAGAGGCCGCUGUGGGUUAGGGCUGGUGACGAGGAGAUGUUUCCUACCGUUUACACGCUAUGGAAGAACCCGACGCUGCUGCCACUGCUGCACACCCACUCGCCGGUUUUCGAGAAGCUACAGACGGGUGCGGACUUGAUGAUCCCGGGGCUUAUUGGGCCUCCGUUCCCGGCGGGCGCAAAGAAGGGGAAAUUGGUUGGUAUUGCGACGAGCGAGAGCCCGACGGUGGCAGUGGCGGUGGGCGUAUGUGAUGUGGAUGUGUGUGGGCUAAGUAAGGUUGAUGGGGAGAGGGGCCGUGCGGUCAGAAUUGUGCAUUGGGUCGGCGACGAGAUCUUCAACUACGGCGGGUAUCCGGGGUUCGUGCCGGAGAGUGUUGAGAUGCCUGUGGCCGCCGGAGAUGUUGACGUCGAGGAGGCUGCGGAGGAGCUGGGCGGGGUAUCGCUGGAGGGGUAUGAUGGGGAGGAGAAAGAGAAAGAAAAGGGGAAGGGGAAGACGGAGGAGGGUGGGGAGGGGAUCAGAGAGUUGAGCACGGGAGAGAUCGAUGGUGCCUUCCGCUCCGCAACCCUCUACGGCCUCCACCAGUACUUUGAAACCGGCGAGUUCACAAACGUCGAGCUUCCAAUAAGCUCCUCACAGUUCAUCUCAACCCUCGUUCUCCCCUUCCUGCCCCCCGCAUCCCACUUCCCGCCCCACAAUCUGCUGCAGACCUCCGUACAUCCCUCACUAAACAUCAAAAAGACCAGCCACAAGAACGCGGCAAAGUUCUUCAAGCAGCUGGAAAAGGACCAGCUCAUCAAGACCAAGACGCGGAACGGCGGAGAAGUCGUGGUCAUGGAUAUCAACUGGGACCACCCGGAGGCAAAGACAUUCAAGCCCUACAAGCUCCCUGAGGCGCCAAAAGAAGACAAGAAGGGUCCCGAUGCCGCUUCUGUUGCCAGGAAUGAGGGCCUGAUAAAGGUCGUGGAGCUUUACAGGCCCAAUGGCAAGGCAAUAAAUAUAUUCUCCGCUGUGGGCGCCGGAACCAAAGACUAUUACACCCCUGCUGAAGUAAAAGCCAUCGUCACCAAAUACCUAGAACAAGAGUCCCUCACGAACCCACAAAACAAGCGCCUUGUCCGCCUCGACCCAACCCUCAGCGCCGCCCUCCUCGACGACCGCAACGCCGCCGACGCCGAGCCACUCCGCACUGGCCAAAUCAAGCGCGACACCCUCGGCGAAAAACUCAUCAAGGCCUGCCUCCCCUACUACAUCGUCCAUAAGCCCGGCACCGCCGACACCGACGCCAAGCCCAAGGCCGGCGCGGCGCCCAAGAUCCAGAUACUGCUGGAGAAGCGGCAGGGGAAGAAGACGGUGACGCGCGUGUCGGGCGUUGAGCCAUUUGGCAUUGAUCCGCGCGUCAUGGCGGAGGAGCUGCAGAAGACGUGUGCGGGGAGCGCGAGCGUGGCGCUGUUGCAUGGGUGCAGUCCGAGGAACCCGGUGAUGGAGGUGACGGUGCAGGGGCCGCAGAAGAAGGCGGUGGAGGAGUAUUUGGGGAGGAGAGGGGUAGGCGCGAGGUUUAUAGGGGUGAAGGAUACGACGGGGGGGAAGAAGUAG